AUGCUUUUACUUUGGAGGCAGCGCGGCCUCACUUCCGCUGCAUCUGCCUGUUAGCACAGCUAGCUUGGCGCGAGGCGACCCUGGCGGCGGCGAAGAGGAUCAAGUGGAUCCCCGGAGGUUCGAACACCGUCUUGCGGCGCAGCUGGCUCGUCUUGUCGCUGGACGAGGUCUUCCCCAGGCUGAAUGCUUCCGGGCCCAGUCUAAUACCUGCCGCCCCGCCCCCCCUCCCCCCAGGUGUAUGAAUGAAGACCCCCUUCAAGAGUCCAGAGGCCGCGCGGCCCCGAGCGGACGAAGGACAUUCCGGCGUGUCCGCCAACAUGAUGAAGAAGAAGAACCCACACAAGAAACAGAGGUGCGUGGCGCCCGCUAGGUCUUUGUCGCCGCCCCCCAAGAAGACCAUGGUGGGAUGCCGGAUCCAACACGUGUGGAAGGAGGGCAGCAAGUCGUCCCAGUGGAAGGGGACGGUCCUGGACCAGGUGCCGGUCAACCCGUCGCUCUACCUCAUCAAGUACGACGGCUUCGACUGCAUCUACGGUCUGGAGCUGCACAGCGACCAGCGCGUCCUCGGCCUGGAGGUGCUCUCCGACGCCGCAGCCGCGGCGAGGGUGAGCGACGCGCCGCUGGCCGACGCCAUGAUCGGGAAGGCGGUGGAGCACAUGUUCGAGACGGAGGACGGGCCCAAAGAGGAGUGGCGCGGCAUGGUCCUGGCCCGGGCGCCCAUCAUGACGUCGUGGUUCUACAUCACCUACGAGAAGGACCCGGUGCUCUACAUGUACCAGCUGCUGGACGACUACAAGGAGGGCGACCUGCGCAUCAUGCCCGACUCCAACGACAGCGUGGCGGCGGAGCGCGAGCCCGGCGAGGUGGUGGACAGCCUGGUGGGCAAGCAGGUGGAGUACGCCAAGGAGGACGGCGGCAAACGCUCCGGAAUGGUCAUCCACCAGGUGGAGGCCAAGCCCUCCGUCUACUUCAUCAAGUUCGACGACGACUUCCACAUCUACGUCUACGACCUGGUCAAGACCUCCUAAAGACUCCGCCCACAGGACGUUUGUUGUUCUUUUGAGAACACUACCGCUUCAACUCGUCUUAAGCCCCGCCCCCUUUGGAUGACAUCAAUGGCCACCGUCCAAUCACGGGCUGUUGUCCCGCGACAGGACGCCCUUGUCACUUAGCUAGCUAGCUGUUUCACAUUCGUGAUGUCAUCGGUGGCAGGGAGCCAAUCACAGCUCUGGACUGCUGGCCACGCCCACAUCCCCUCACCUGCAUCGGUAGCUCAUCAAAUGUGUCGUCACUCAGCUCGUUAGCGGAACAAAGGGCAAAUAAUGUCUGAUGGGGCGGGGCGUACCCACAAUGCUUUGUGGCACAGCGCAGGUGUAAAUAGGUGUUGCAUGUUCCGUGUCGUCUUUCUUUUGGGGACAAAAGUUGUCGUGUUUCGUUUGGAUGGAAUGUUUCGUUACAAAAAAGAAAAGUGUGCCAACGCCAAUAAACUUUUUGUUGUUUUUUCCACUCA